CACUUCCUCUCGAGCCCGGCGUUUCGCCGGUGGAUACCCGCGCGGCGUCGACAUGCGUAUCGAAAAGUGUUAUUUCUGUUCUGGGCCCAUUUACCCAGGCCACGGCAUGAUGUUCGUCCGCAACGACUGCAAGGUGUUCAGGUUCUGUAAAUCCAAAUGUCAUAAAAACUUUAAAAAGAAGCGUAAUCCUCGCAAAGUCAGGUGGACUAAAGCGUUCCGGAAAGCUGCUGGUAAAGAGCUUACAGUGGAUAAUUCAUUUGAAUUUGAAAAACGUAGAAAUGAACCUGUCAAAUACCAGCGAGAGCUGUGGAGUAAAACUAUUGAAGCAAUGAAGAGAGUUGAAGAGAUCAAACAGAAGCGCCAGGCUACAUUUAUAAUGAACAGGUUAAAGAAAAAUAAAGAGCUACAGAAAGUUCAGGACAUCAAAGAAGUCAAGCAAAACAUCCAUCUCAUCCGGGCUCCUCUUGCAGGCAAAGGAAAGCAGCUGGAAGAAAAAAUGGUACAGAAAUUACAAGAGGACGUGGAUAUGGAAGAUGUGUCCUAAAAAUCUCACUGUCUGUAACCAUUUCUGUGUGUGCAAUUGAAAACUUCUUUGGAGACUUGGAACUUCUAAAUGAUUGAUGUAUUUUUUACAUAAGGUCACUCAAAUGAAAGGUGAUUAAAAAUACAUCUCUCUGUAAAACCUCAGAUGUUAUAGAUGUUUGAUUAUAUCUCAGUGUUAAAUCUUCACUGAUGUGUAAAUAGGAAAAUUCUGUUUGUAACAACAGAAGUGAAUUGUGGGCAUAAAAUGGUCUACGUUUGGAGAAUGUCAUUGCACGGCAUCUGUGUAGUGACAAAAAUUCGUGGCUAAUGAUAUACAAAAUAAAAUUUUCUUUGCAGUAA